AUGGAUACCUACUCACAGACAUCCGGAAGUCACAGUCCGCCAAUGGACGAUUCUGACUACACCCUAGACAGCAGACUGCGCAGCUUCCGGAAGCACUUUACUGAUAUCAAACCUCCAAGCGCCCUCCGUAUCGGCCCCAUCAAACCGCUGUCACUCCAGCCCAAGCGAUCGACCAGUUUUCCACAAAGCCCGACUCCUGACAGCAAUCCCGACUACAGCAAACCUUCUUUAGACAGCAACAGCAACAACAACACCGACACAAGUCAACCCCUGAACAGCCUGACCACCCUUCUCCCUCCAACCAGCACGACAACCAGCUCAAACACCCCUGACGACUCAAUCAACCUGAACACCAACCCCUCGACCAACGCCACCAACACCCUCACCCGUGCCGACAUCAUCCGACACAUCCAACUCAAAAAAUUCCUCGAGGCUUUCGUCCGCCGGCGCAAGAACCUGAAAACCGAACUCGAGGACCGGCUCCGCUUGCUCAAGCAAGAAGCCAAGAAUAACCGGCGCCGGAGACAGAACGUGUUCUUCUACCCAUCAUCGGCCACCUCGUCCACCACCGCGGCGAAUCAUGGAAAUAACAGCAACGGGGACAUCAACGUAAACGGAAUGCUGGAUCUGCAGAAGGAGCAAAGGAUUGAUGGGCUGGUGGAGGAGAGAAUUAGACUGGCGCACGAGACAUAUGAGCAGCAGUUGGCUUUGUUGAUUAAUGAGUUUGUGGUGGUGGGGUUGAGGGAGGAGGUUCUGAGGAUUAUUUGA